GUACACACCGGGGCCGCAGGGUGGAACUUCAACGUACACCGAUUCACAACACCACGUAAUCACGACUCCUCGCCGGCGCAUCCUCUCUCGCCGUCCGAUCGUUCACGACCAAUUGCAGCGCCAGGUCUGGACACCGUCGACCGCAUUGAUAGGCAAAGGCCACGUUUGGUGGAGCAAGAGCGGGACACUUUAUUCGGACUAAGGAGGAGCUCGCAGUGAGAGCUGCACCUCAGCGACAAUAUGGACAAGAAGCAGGAGGACGUUGGCGGCGUCGCCCAGAUCGACAAGACCACCGUGUUCCAGGAUGCCCGUGUCUUCAACCAGAGCCCUGUGUCGCCGCGCAAGUGCAGAGUGAUCCUCACCAAGCUUGCGCUGCUCAUGUUCACGGGCGAGAGCUGGGGACGUCAGGAAGCCACCACACUUUUCUUCGGCAUCUCGAAGCUGUUCCAGAACAAGGAUGCAUCUCUGCGCCAGAUGGUGUACCUGGUCAUCAAGGAGCUCGCUGGCUCCGCCGACGACGUGAUCAUGGUCACAUCCUCCAUCAUGAAGGACACGUCCGUCGGCAGCGACGUCGUGUACCGCGCCAACGCUAUCCGUGCGCUGUGCCGUGUUAUCGAUGCCUCCACCGUACAAGCCAUCGAGCGUCUCGUCAAGACGUGCAUUGUCGACAAGAACCCCUCCGUAGCCUCCGCCGCCCUCGUCUCGUCGUACCACCUCCUGCCAGUCGCCAAGGAUGUUGUCCGAAGAUGGCAGUCUGAGGCAGCUGAGGCCGCCUCUGGGGCCAAGUCUGGUGGUUUCUUUGGUGGAUUUGGCGGCAACUCGCAGACAGGCCUCCAGGCCAGCACAAACUACAUGACACAGUACCACGCCAUUGGUCUGUUGUACCAAAUGCGCUCUGGCGACAGGAUGAGCUUGGUCAAGAUGGUCCAGCAGUACUCGGCUGCGGGUGUAGUCAAGAGCCCUGCUGCGACAGUUCUGCUCGUCAGGCUGGCUGCUAAGUUGGCUGAGGAGGACCCCAACCUGCGAAAGCCCAUGAUGCAACUCCUCGAUGGCUGGUUGCGCCACAAGUCCGAGAUGGUCAACUUCGAGGCCGCAAAGGCCAUUGCCGACAUGCGCGACGUCACCGAUGCCGAGCUCGUCCAAGCUGUCCACGUUCUUCAGCUGUUCCUCACAUCCCCUCGCGCCGUCACCAAGUUUGCCGCGCUUAGGAUUCUGUCGCAAAUGGCUUCGUUCAAGCCUGAUGCUGUGCGCACAUGUAACCAGGACAUCGAGUCGCUCAUCACCAACUCCAACCGCAGCAUCGCUACAUUCGCCAUCACCACACUGCUCAAGACCGGUAACGAGUCUUCGGUAGACAGGCUCAUGAAGCAGAUCGCCGGCUUCAUGGCGGAGAUUACCGACGAGUUCAAGGUCACCAUCGUGGAGGCUGUCCGUACCCUGGCCCUGAAGUUCAAGGCUAAGCAGUCGGGCUUCCUGGCUUUCCUCAGCGGUAUUCUCCGUGACGAGGGCGGCUAUGAGUUCAAGCGAUCUGUUGUGGAAGCAAUUAUGGACCUCAUCCGCUUUGUGCCCGAGGCGAAAGAGGACGCGCUCGCAACUCUCUGCGAGUUUAUUGAGGACUGCGAGUUCACCAAGCUUGCUGUCCGUAUUUUGUUCGUUCUUGGCCGCGAGGGCCCUUCAACACCUCACCCCACCAAGUACAUCCGUUACAUCUACAACCGCGUGGUUCUUGAGAACGCCAUCGUCCGGGCUGCUGCUACAUCUGCGCUGGCCAAGUUUGGUGUCGGCCAGAAGGAUCCUGAGAUCAAGAAGUCGGUGCACGUACUUCUCACCCGCUGUCUCGAUGACGUUGACGACGAAGUCCGUGAUCGUGCUGCACUGAACCUUCGGUUGAUGGGCCAGGACGAUGACUUGGCUCUCAGCUUCAUUCGUAACGACUCCAUGUUCUCUCUGCCUGUUCUUGAGCACCAGCUUGCGAUGUACGUUAGCUCUGACUCUCGUGACACCUUCGAGACAGCUUUCGACAUCACCAAGAUCCCCACCGUCUCGCGCGAGCAAGCUGAUGCCGCUGAUUUGUCGAAGAAGACUGAAGGCGCCACACCCACCAUCAAGGCUCCCAGCGCUGCGAAGGCACCCUCAAAGGUCGGUGCCGAGGCCGCUGCGUCGGCCGCGAGCAACGCCCAGAAGUACCAGGAGGAGCUGCAGAAGAUCCCAGAGCUUGCGGCGCACGGCGGUGUUCUCAAGUCGAGCGACGUCAUCGAGCUCACCGAGACAGAAACCGAGUACGUCGUCACAGCCAUCAAGCACAUCUUCAAGGACCACGUGGUUCUCCAGUACGACAUCAAGAACACACUCCCCGACACAGUUCUUCUCGAUGUCGAGAUGGUGGUUGCGCCAGAGGACGACGGCGACGUUCAAUUAGAAGAGGAGUUCAUCAUCCCAGCGCCGAAGCUCAACACGAACGAGCCCGGCACUGUCUACGUUUCGUUCAAGCGUCUCGAGACCGAAUCGCAGUUCAUCGCCACCACCUUCACCAACGUGCUCAAGUUCACAAGCAAGGAGAUCGACCCGAGCACAAACGAACCCGAGGACGGCGACGGGUAUCCCGACGAGUACCAGGUGGAGGAUUUGGAUCUCAACGGUGCCGAUUACGUCGUCCCGGCAUACGCUGGCAGCUUCGACAACGUGUGGGACCAAGCAAACGGCGACUCGGCAACAGAAACAUUGCAACUGAGCGAGAUGAAGAGCAUCUCAGAUGCCACAGAACAGCUCACAACGACGCUGAGCCUGCAACCGCUCGAGGGCACAGACGUCGCGCUGUCCACCACCACACAUACGCUCAAGCUCUACGGCAAGACAAUAACCGGCGGCAAGGUCGCCGCCAUGAUCAGGAUGGCGUUCAGCGCCCGGACAGGCGUCACAAUGAAGAUCGACGUGAGGAGCGAGGAGGAGGGGUUCGCCGCCCUUGUUGUCGGCAGCGUGGCAUAAGUACGAUGGAAGCGGGGCGGAAAACGCGAAGGACUGGUAGCUUGAAGACAAUGACUGAAGCCGUAUACGUUCUCUGCUUAAACAUGAUCGUGGUGUCGGCAACUCUCGAAUUCCUAGCAUACGAAUGUGCUGUCUGCAAAUCUCGAAUUCCCGAACACACCCCUCAUCUUUCCAAUUCAAAUGAAUGCUACAUAUAUCUGCGGUGACAUCACUCCCAUUUCCACAGUCUCGCACCCGCCCC